CACAACGGCGCCUUUGUGGCCGCGUUUCUAGGCUUCUUCUUUGCCCAAAGCGCCAAGGUGUUCACUCACUACUACACGGAGCAGAAGUGGGACUUUACUCGCCUCGUCAGCAGCGGCGGCAUGCCGUCCAGCCACACCGGACUGGUGAUGGGCCUGACAACCGCGAUAGGUGUGCUGGAGGGCACCAACAGCCCUAUGUUUGCCAUUGCCCUAGUCUUCUCUCUCAUCGUCAUGUACGACGCCAGCGGCGUGCGGCUGCAUGCGGGCAAACAGGCCAGCGUACUCAACAUGAUCAUUACGGAGCUGCCGCCGGACCACCCCGUCAGCAACUCGGCGGGGACGCUGAAGGACACCCUCGGGCACACGCCCCUGCAGGUGGCGGUCGGGGCGGUGGUGGGCGUGCUCACCGGAUACCUAGUC